UCUCCUCCUCCUUUCCCCCCUCUACCUCUCUCCCCUCCUCCCCCUCCCCUUCCUCCCUCCUCCUCCUCCUCUUCCUCCCCCGCAACGGGUCUCUUUGCUUCAGUCACUUCCUCCCCCCACCUCUUCCUCCCCGGGGCGUGGAAGGAGGGAACCGGGGCCCGCGGCGCGCGUUGCACCACUUUUCAGUCGCUGGAGACCGGGAGGCGGGGAGGCUGAAUCUCAUUGUUCUGGAAGGAAACACCUGCCUUCUGCCCCAUCAUUCUUGUGUGAACUGUAACUGGAAUUUGGGCAAGGCUGUACCCAAGGUAACCAUGAAUGUGGAUCACGAAGUUAACCUCUUGGUGGAGGAAAUUCAUCGUCUGGGUUCAAAAAAUGCUGACGGGAAGUUAAGUGUGAAAUUUGGGGUUCUCUUCCGAGAUGACAAAUGUGCCAAUCUCUUUGAAGCCCUGGUGGGAACUCUCAAAGCUGCGAAAAAAAGGAAGAUUGUGACCUACACAGGAGAACUGCUUUUACAAGGGGUUCACGACGACGUUGAUAUUGUGUUGCUGCAAGAUUAAUGUAUUCUGCAUAUCUUUGUUUAGCUUUAUGUUUUGUUUUUGGCAAACUGGAAUAUUUAGCCAGGGGCAGACUGAGGGGCAGACUUAUUGUAUUUUUACAGGAUGUUGUUAAAAAUGGAGGCUCAUGUUUUGGAAAUCUGUCCUUUUUUAUAUCUUUAAAAUGUAUGUAUGGCACUGUAAAAUAAGAUCUAUUAUUUUUCUCAGGAAUCUGGUUGGAAAAUUGAGGCCACGGGUUAUUUUGGUGGGGUGGGGAAUUGUUUGUUUCAUAAAUCAUUCUUAGAUCAUUUCUACAGAUACUUGACAUUCUGUGAAAAUAAGAAGCAAAACUGCAGACUGGCUACCCCUUAGGAAUAUUAAAAUGUUUAUGUAAUAAAACUUGUAGUAAUCCUAAAAUUGCUUC